AUGUCUACAGGAGUCUCGACAAAAGAGAGGCUUCUUUCUCACUUUGAGUCCAUAGAUGGAAUUCUGAAGGAUAUUUUAGAUAGGGUAACCAAGAAGGCGAAGUUUGUUGAAUACGAACACCUUGUACGUCUUUUACUAGACAAGGAUAGUGAGAUUAAGCGGACACUCAAGGAUGCUGAAGAACAACUAGAAAUUCAGAAAAAGAUUGAUAAACUCCGUGCGGACUGCGUUAAUUCCGACGCACAAAUCGAACUGUGCCAAAAGGAAUUAAAAAAGAGUGAAUUGCUCUUGAGCACCGCUCUGUAUUACUGUCGGCAAAAGCUUGAUUGCAUGGUCAAUUCUAUCAAAAAUCCGAUAGAUUUGGAUGAAUUGAUACAAUUUUCUCAUUGGAUCAGCUUUAACUAUGGCGUUAUGGCUCCCGACAACUGGGUUCAAGGAGAUCCUAGACGUCCAUAUCCGAACAAGAAGGAAAUAAGACGCGGUUACUUAGGUCACCUGGACGAUUCCGGGCACUUCCGUCCUAGUGUUAAUGAAGAGUUUGCGCAGGCUUUUCCAAGCAGCACAAACACACCUCCUUCCUUUGAGCCGUAG